AUGGCCUCAUUUAGCUCAAGAGCUCAGCUUCACCUCACAAACUCCUCAGGCCAAAACAUAAGCAGUCAAGAGGUUUGCCCAUCUACUUCAUCACACUCUUUUGAUCCAAGUGAUACUCACACUCAGCUGAUUUUGUCAAAGAACAGACGGACAUUUCAUUCACUUUCAGAUUCUGGAAUAGCAUCUCUGCUCCCAUCAGAUGCCUAUAAAGACCUCACUUGGCACAAGAUAGAGCAACAUGAUAUUCAAGGAAGUCAACUGCGGUGCCCAAGGGUGAGAGAAGGACCCUCUGAAGAAGAGUUGCUCUACGGAGAAAAGGAGAUUACUAUGCCUUCUAUAAAAAGAGUCCUGGAAAAAAACAAAUGGAAAACAUGGCUACAAGAAAACUGGGAAGACUGCACGAAUUUGAACAUUUCAUUUCAGAAUUUGGGGGAUCCUUACCAAAUUGAAAAUUUUAAAAGGAUUCUUCGAAGACUAAUUCGAGUCCAAACUCUCUGGCUAGUGGAUAAUUCACUGGUGGACUUAAGUGCUAUAAGAUUGCCAAGCUGCAGAGUUUUAAAUCUAAACAAAAACCAUCUUACAUCUUUCAAACAAUUGCCAAAGAUACCUCAAAUACAACAUUUAUCUUUGGCUGAAAACAAGAUUGAGACUCUGACCGGACUCUCCAGUUUACAAUGCACCCCUUUAGAAGCCCUUAUGCUCAAGAGGAACCCUUGUGAGUUUCACCAAAAUUACCGGAAACGAUCCUCCAAUAUGAAGACAGCACAGUUCAAAAGAGAAAGGGCUUAA